AUGGCCACCCUCCAGGCAGUAGGGCCCACGAUGGCCACCUUCCAGGCAGUAGGGCCCACGAUGGCCACCCUCCAGGCAGUAGGGCCCACGAUGGCCACCCUCCAGGCAGUAGGGCCCACGAUGGCCACCCUCCAGGCAGUAGGGCCCACGAUGGCCACCCUCCAGGCAGUAGGGCCCACGAUGGCCACCCUCCAGGCAGUAGGGCCCACGAUGGCCACCUUCCAGGCAGUAGGGCCCACGAUGGCCACCCUCCAGGCAGUAGGGCCCACGAUGGCCACCCUCCAGACAGUAGGGCCCACGAUGGCCACCCUCCAGGCACUAGGGACCACGUUGGCCACCCUCCAGGCAGUAGGGCCCACGAUGGCCACCCUCCAGGCAGUAGGGACCACGAUGGCCACCUUCCAGGCAGUAGGGCCCAUGGCCACCCUCCAGGCAGUAGGGCCCACGAUGGCCACCCUCCAGGCAGUAGGGACCACGUUGGCCACCCUCCAGACAGUAGGGCCCACGAUGGCCACCCUCCAGGCAGUAGGGCCCACGUUGGCCACCCUCCAGGCAGUAGGGCCCACGAUGGCCACCCUCCAGGCAGUAGGGCCCACGAUGGCCACCCUCCAGGCAGUAGGGCCCACAUGGCCACCCUCCAGACAGUAG